CUGAUUCCCCACAGCGAUCAGAUGAGAGAGCUGCACGUUUCUCUGCGAGUCUCGGGUCCAUGUUGGCGUUGAUCUGCUGGGUCAUUUCAGGCCACGUCUGUCCGAUCACAGGGGCAAACGCUGACAUUACAGGCAAAUCUAAUAAAGGACAUACAAACAGACUGUGUUGCAGCUUCGAGUGCCAUUUGGGAAAACACCUGCUGAAUGAAAACGGUGUACACUCUUCUGUGUCAGCUGCAAUACAAGGAUGCACUGUUUUCUUUAAAAACAAAGUUUUUCUGUAAAGUGGUGCAGUUCCAACUUUGCAAGGACAGUCUGGCGCUCCUGACUCAGUCUAACAAGCUAGGCAGCUCUCAUGACAAGCAUCGGGGUGAAGUAAGGCAGGAUGUACCGUAAGAUUUUCAUGUUGGGAGGGAUUCGUGCAGCUCAGCCCUGGCAGGACUAAACGGCCCCCCGUCUUUCUGAUCUUCAGCGGUAUGAGGAAGCACAACGUGAAGGAAGUGUGGUAAUACGCUGCUUCAAAGAAUGUCCUAUCUGAUAUAGACUCAUUUCCUGUUAACUGCCUCUGAAAAAAAAGGCCUCUGCUGCUUCACACGGCUGUGGGACGACUCCGAUAUCACGAAGAACAAGAUAUCAGCGAGUCUGUGGAUGACAACAGCAUGAUGUUUAAGGCCUAAUACACAGCAGUAUGUCAGAGCAAGCAGACAAAUGCACCUCCCGCUGGAAAGAUGAGGCCAUGCAGAAUGGGUACAUACCAAGUUACCUGGACAAGGAUGAGCUGUGUGUUGUGUGCGGGGACAAAGCGACUGGAUAUCAUUACCGCUGCAUUACCUGUGAGGGCUGCAAAGGUUUUUUUCGACGCACAAUUCAGAAGAACUUGAACCCGACAUAUGCGUGCAAGUACGAGGGAAAGUGCGUCAUUGACAAAGUCACGCGCAACCAGUGCCAAGAAUGUCGCUUCAAGAAAUGCAUUGCUGUCGGCAUGGCAACAGACUUGGUGUUGGAUGACAGCAAGCGUCUGGCCAAGCGGAAGCUGAUCGAGGAGAACCGCGAGCGGCGGCGGCGCGAGGAGCUGCAGAAGACGGUUUGGGAGCGACCCGAGCCCACGCAGGAGGAGUGGGAGCUGAUCCGGGUCGUCACUGAGGCCCAUAUGGCCACAAACGCCCAAGGCAACCACUGGAAACAGAAGCGCAAGUUCCUGGUCGAGGAAGCAAUGCUACUUAAUGAAAUAACAUGUAAUUUAUUCUGUACUUCUGACCAGAGUGCAGUGGGGGUGAAGGAAGCCAAGCCUGAGGACAUCGGUUCUGCACCCAUCGUCAACGCACCAGAGGGGAGCAAAGUGGACAUAGAAGCCUUCAGUCAGUUUACAAAAAUUAUCACCCCCGCCAUCACUCGAGUAGUGGAUUUUGCCAAAAAGCUGCCCAUGUUCUGUGAGCUGCCUUGUGAGGACCAGAUCAUUUUGCUGAAAGGCUGCUGUAUGGAAAUCAUGUCUCUGCGAGCAGCAGUGCGAUACGAUCCUGAGAGCGAGACUCUGACACUGAACGGGGAGAUGGCUGUCACACGGGGCCAGCUCAAGAAUGGGGGUCUGGGUGUGGUCUCUGACGCCAUCUUUGAUCUGGGUGUCUCGCUGUCCUCCUUCAACCUGGAUGAUUCGGAGGUGGCAUUGCUACAAGCCGUGAUUUUGCUUUCCUCUGAUCGUCCAGGUUUGACGAGCGUAGAACGCAUCGAGCGCUGUCAGGAGGAGUUCCUCUUGGCCUUCGAACAUUACAUCAACUACCGCAAGCACAAGGUGUCUCACUUCUGGCCCAAGCUGCUGAUGAAGGUGACAGACCUGCGCAUGAUCGGUGCCUGCCAUGCCAGCCGCUUCCUGCACAUGAAGGUGGAGUGUCCCACUGAGCUCUUUCCGCCCCUCUUCCUGGAAGUGUUUGAAGACUGACAGCCAACCAGUCGGCCAAGCUGCUCCCACCAACCCAACCUCCACAGAUCUGACCUCCCUCAGACUCCGUCUCCCUGUUUCCGGUCACAUGACUCUGUUCUAGCACUACUGAGCGUCUUUCAUUCCAUAGAUUUAGGAGUAGCUCUCUGGCCUAUUUUGAAUGGAACCAUUCCUCUUACAAAGCGGGUACAUGUGAAUAGCGUUACAAUUUUUUUUUUUUUUCUUUAACUCUUUGUAAAAACUAAAAUCAACUUUCUGUUACUCUAGUUUUUUAUGUUAAAUUGUUUCAUUUCUGAUCAUAGUCUUUGAUGCCACUUAACAGAGAUAUAUGAAAUAUGCAUUUGGGUUUUAUGUCACACGCCAGGCCUCAGAAAGGAAAAAAAAAAAGAACACCACACUGCGAAGGAGGACAGCAAUGUUUUGGUUUCCUUUCACAUCCUUUAUCUGUUGGUCUAAGGGUCUUUUCAUGCUCACAUUAAGCCAUAGAUUGGUUUUAGUUCUGGUCCAAACCCCAGUGAGCUGUCUACCUAGACAACAUUUCAAGAUAAAAUAGGAGCAUCCUUAUAUUGAGACAGUAAAAAAGCAAACGAGGGCUCUUGAAAUAUCACAAUUGUGUUUUCUAGAUAAGAUCACUACAUGGAAAGCAAAUUUUGACUUGACCCAGCAGGCACUGGGCAUCAAUAUAAUGUCAGGUUGAUGUCGGACAGACGUUGCAUUUUGGUUGAGAAUGAAAAUUGAGUUGAUGUUAGUGUUUGACUCCAAUUUGAUGUUGACUUGACGCAGGAUUUUGGUUACACAGCCUAAAAACAACAAACAUUAACGUCAGCUGAUGUCGGUACUGGACAUCAAAUAAACAUUGGCAUUAGACAUUGAAUUGACAUCAAAAUUUAACUAACCACUUAUGACAUUGUGUGCCUGCAGGGAUUUUUUUUCUGCUGCUCUUGAGAGUGAAUUCACAGUAAUAUUAUAUCUCAUCUUCCUCGCUGCUCUUCACAUUCAUUUGAUCGCUCUGUACUCUUGUUCAUUCGUAUGUCGUGUUUUCUCUGACAUUUUAGGAGAAACAUUUUAGGACACCCCAGAGCAAAAAAAAUGGUCAUGUGAACAGUAGGCAUAAAAUUAUACUGCCUUCUAAUGUCAGGAGUUUCAAAGUUGUCAGAUCGCUGUUCCUUUCACACUACACACCAGUUUUUUGUAUCAUUUGCUGGCUUCACACAUUGCACAAUAUUUCAUUAGGAAGAAUCUCCAACAAAGCUCAUCAUUUACAAAAUGCGUACAUGAGAAGUGAUACAGAGUAUGAUCUCUAAUUGGCUGUAGGUCGUGGCUGAUGCAUUUCAAGUCAAAACACGUGGCAAGACUCUGAGGCUGCGUUCGUGUUCAAUUUUUAUGCCCUUCACUCAUUAACUUCCCUCUGUCUUCCCAUUGUUUACAUUUUUCUACAUAUUAAUUUGUUUGGGGCAGCAUUCUAUACAUGUUUAGGUAUGCUUGGUCUUCUAAAUGUAAAUAAUAUAUAAUUAUAUAGGCGUUUGGGGGGGGUCGGGGGGGGGGGGUAAAUUAAACAUGAUCUAUGAUGACGUCAUGAUCGUGUUGCAUUGUGGUCUCUGGAGCGGCCUGGAGUGUCAAAUCCAUUAGAAGUCAAGGCAUCAACUAUUAGCCGAAAAAGUGUAACGGCUAAAGCUAACACUUCCGUUCUAGCAGUAUGUGGGAAAAGAGACCAGAGGCCAUUCUUUUUAAAUGAAUGGAUGUCAAUGGAGGAGAGUCUUCACUCCGCUAAAUAAACAGAUUUUUUAAGGGAAACGGCUUAUCAUUUAAUAACUCAACAGCCUAUCUGCUAAUGUUCAGCAUGUUUUACACUAAACAAUACUUUGUAACUAUUUAACGAUUUGUAGACGUUACAGUGAAAAAAAAAAAAAAUGCUGUUUUAUAAUCGUAGUCACUGAUUUUGUUUGCGACAGCUGGGAUUCGGCUUAUAGCAAUUCUCAUUGAUUCCUGUGGGAUCCGUAAAUGGCGAUUGAGUGUCGCACAACUCUGACUGAAAUUCAAUGACGUCAGGGCUGUAAUGUGAUUGGUUAUGAAAGCACACGUGAUUCAAGUUGACUACUAUGCUUUCUCCAUACAGACCCUUUCAUCUCCCUACAGCAAGUCAGUCUCUGUGAAGUAUGUAAAUGAAGCAGACUCACUCCCUCUGUCAAAAUCAAGUGGUUGAGGGCACUUAAGGAAGUCGUGGCCUAAUGGUUAUAGAGUCUGACUCACAACCCAAAGGUUGUGGGUUCGAGUCUCACACCGUCAGGGAUUGUAGGUGAAGUGAGUGAAUGUACAGCACUCUCUCCACCUUCAGUGCCACGACUGAAGUGCCCUUGAGCAAGGCACCGAAUCCCCAACUGCUCCCUGAGUGCUGCAGUAUAAAAUGGCUGCCCACUGCUCUGUAUGAGUUCCCCGAGGGGACGUGCUUAGGGAAGUUUCCGAGUGCAUGUCUAAAAGUGGAGUGGAACACAGUCUGAGUCACAGACAGGUCCAGAUAAUUAGCCUGCUAAACAUUUUUGGGCAUUGGCAAUACAUCUGUGCUUAUCUAAAAUCAUAUCUUUGAUAACACACACUAUGCAAUCAUCACUCAUGUGAUCAAGCACUGAUUUGACUCACAUUUCAGAUUUCUUUCAGUGAUCUCCAGAGAACCGAGUCAAAAUGCCUUCUAUAUCUAUAUCUAUAUAUAUAUAUCUAUAUAUAUAUAUAUAUAUAUAUAUAUAUAUAUAUAUAUAUAUAUAUAAAUUAAAAGACAGUUUUGCAUUUGUAAUACGUCCUUUGUUGUGUUGCAUACAUAUGCUUUUUUCAAAGUAGCUCACUGGGUUUUUGAAUCAGAACUGAUUAAAAUAAAACAAAAAAUCUAAAUGGCAAGGUGAAAUGCCAGUCUUGAUGGUGGUUGUGCCCUUGAGUUAAAUCUUGUUUCUUUAUUAGUGCACCUAAAAGCUUUUGGAAAGGCAAACCUACAUGAUACCGCAGUUAGAGUUCACAAAUAAUAUUUUUUUGUUUUUUGUUUUUUUUGCUUUCCAUCAACUCUAGCUCUUAAAGAAUUUAGAAUAGAAGAAGAUAGCCUCUAGCCAGCAGCCACUAAAGUUAGCUCAUUAUGCCUCUAUUAAGGUGCCAAAAACCUCCAUAAAACAUCCGUUCUCUGUUUGGUCUUGUGUCGAGCUGAUCGGGGGAGCUUGAGGUCAUGAUUUUUUACCCAUCUGUCUCUAGAUCUUUGACCCGCAGGGAUGCAACUCUGUUCAGUUGAACGCUUCUUCUCUUCUAUAGCUGUCACACGACAGACCAGGGCAAUGCUUCUGCUUGAACUUGUUGGUGCUAUGAGUUUGCCGAUUUAUACCUCCGGGAGUGCUGUCAGUUAACCUCCGAAUCGUCUGGAGGAUGACGAGCGCAAAUACACAAAACGCUGAGGUCAGUGGUCAACCCUGCAACAAACAGGGAUGCUUUCGGAUGUGUCUGUGAUUGUUGUUUCAGCCGUUUCUGUUCUGGUUUUCUUCUUUUACUGUAGUUUUCAAUCUUUCUAGAGAUGUCCUUGUGUGCUGCAAGAGAGUUUGAAUCUCGCAUACCUCUACUGAUUACCAGGAACCGCCAGACCUUUUUCUUUUUUUUUUACUGUUGAAAGAUGGACAUGAAUUCAGAUUCUCACCUCAAAACACGGAGCAUGUUCAAUCAGUGUUUUGUUAUAGUGAUGCCUUUUGUAAGCAAUAGAAUUGCUCCAGUGGUUUUUCAUGUUUUGGAUUACACAUACAAACGUACAGGCCAACGUAGAUAUUAAACAGACUCAAAGUCAUUGCACAGACAAUCAAUGUGUUCACAGAGAGUGUUUUAGAAAGAGGGGAGUAAAAGGGUCACAGCCAGGGUCCAAAAUGAAUGUUUUGCCACACCUGUCAGUUUACUCUUCGUCAAGCUCCUCACCACUUUAGUUAUGGUUGUUUGCUCAGACAAGCUUUACAGAAUGUACCGUACAAACAUUUGUGUUUAAGUAAUUGUGUAAAAGUUCAUUUACAGCUUUCACACAUAUGAAUUUAGUUGCAAAAAUAAAUACAUGAAAAUCACAGUCUGUGACAGAUUAUUAUUAUUAUUAUUUUAUUUUUUUGUAGUUUAUAUUUAUUUGAUUUUAAUCUCUCACACACAUGUGAGAUUCAGAAUAUCUGUUUUUACAAUUUGAUUUAAAUCAUGCAUUAUGUGUAUUGUCUUAUGUACUUGACAAAGCCAAGUUUCCUUUUCUUUUCUUUGUGUCAGCACUUGGCAAAUGCCCAUUUUGGACCCUGGCCACAGAUCAACACAUGCAUGCACAGACACGCUGGGAGUCAAUACUAUUUCCUCGGAGCGCAUAGGUGAAAAAAUACACAAACGCACUACAGAAAUAAAGAUAUUUAUGGUGUGAAGGAAAGAGGCUGUAUUUUUUUCAGACUGCAGAUAUUUUUUACAUGUUAUAUGCACAAUAUUAACACUUUUGAGCAGUUUUACAACAAGGAAACAAAAGACUAUCUUUUCUCAAAAAUCUCUCACCAUCCUCAAAUAGAAACCAGAGACCUGUUUUUCAAUAAUCUCUCUUUAAUGAUCUCUUUAGAGUGUGUGUUUCAUCAUUCCAAAUUCAUUGUUUAACCAUGGUAAAGACAACUACUAUAUGCUAUCUAAUAAUUACAACAAAAAAUCUGACCAGAUCUCACCAAGCUGAACUGAAACAAUUAAAGCACAUGUACUUCUGUUUCUGUGUGUCCACAGUAUGCUGGUGGCAUGAUUAAGUGAAUUUUGAAUGUGAAUCAGUUGUCCAACAUAAAAUGUAUUUUACUCUUACUCGCUCUCUCUCUCUCUCUCUCUCUCUCUCUCUCUCUCUCUCUCUUUUUUUUUACCAAAACGAACAUAUUGCACAAGCCUGCUGUGUGACAGUGGAGCCUUGAAUUAGAGUUUGGAUCAUGAUGUGAUUUGGAUAUCCUGGAAGAGACAUUGCACUAGAAAAUAAUCCUGGAUUUGGUAAAAGAUGAUGAUGAUGAUGAUGAUGAUGAUGAUGAUGACAGCAAUGACAAAUGCAACUAAGGUGAAUAGGAGAAUAAAGAUGGUUUUGAGAAACCCCUGCAA